AUGGACCCGUUGAGCUUGGCAGCCAGCAUCGCUGGAGUUGCAACUGCCGCGUUUCAGAUCAUUGGGUACCUCGGAACGGUCGCUGGGGGAGGCAAAGAGCGGCUAUCACUUCUUCAAGAACUGUCGAAUUUGUGGAUCACCAUCACGGCCCUUCAGGCUCAACUUGCCCCCGAUGGAAAUGUCGUUGAUAAAGAGAAUUUCCCAUCGCAAUUACUGCCGCUGUUCGAGUCUGAUGGGAUCUUGAAAGAGCUCGACGGUCUGGUCAAGGAUGUUGAGGAUAAGCUCAAGCCUCGUUCCACGCGUGGAAGUCUUCGGCAAACGCUGGCUUGGCCGCUAGCCAAGGCGGAUGUCAUCCAAAUGGUGGCCAAGAUCUCACGGAUGCAGCAAACGUUACAUUUUGCCCUUGAGCAAUCUAAUUAUGCGCUCACGCAAGAGAUCCAUCGAGAUGGCCAGGCAAUGAAAGCCACCAUGGACGAAACGCGACUGAAGGAGAUGAUUAACUGGUUGUCUCCACUGAAUUUCAUCGCAAAGCAAAGCCUACUCUUCAAAGAGCAGCAUGAAGGAACUUGUAAAUGGUUCCUUGGAUGUGACGAAUUUCGAAGAUGGAAGGAGAGUGAGAACGCGAUUCUAUUCUGUCCGGGAAUUCCAGGGGCUGGCAAAACCAUGCUGUCAUCCAUCGUGGUUAACGAACUGGACAAACUUCGACUCAGUGAAAAAGGUGGUGUCGAAAACGCGGCAAUCUUGAUGCUGUACUGCAAAUGGGACGACUCGCAAUCUCAGUCUAUCAACGGUCUGCUGGCAAGUUUGGUCAAGCAGAUUGCCCAGCGUUAUGGAGUAUUUUGGGAAGGGACCUCCGAUAUGUUCUCCAAGCAUAGCAAGGCCGGCACGAGCCCCGGGAGUGAUGAAUUUGUGUCGACUCUGAAUUCUGAGCUGCGACACUUUCCAAAAACGUUUAUCAUUGUGGACGGGCUCGAUGAGCUGCGAGAUGAGAAAAGCAGACUGGUGCUUCUAGAAACCCUCACAUCGCUCGAGGCAAAGGUCAAUAUAAUGGUUACAUCUCGACCGGUUGAUAACAUUACACGACAUUUUGCCGACAUCGAAAGGAGUAUCUAUUGCGAUGGCUGUGGAAAGCCCGAUCAGCGCUAUCAAUUCCAUUGCUUUGACUGCGAUGAAGCAGUUCCUGACGGCUUUGAUCUUUGCGAAGAGUGCCAUGACAAAGGAGAACGGUGUGGUCACAAAGGUCACAUUCUUGUCAAGCAGUUCAACAGCAUCAGAAUUGACAUCACCGCCAUGGAGCAGGAUUUAUUAGCCUAUGUCAAGUGGAGAGUUGGCUCGUCAGACUUUCUGCAACGUUGCGUGGAUACCAAAACGGGCCUGAUGGCAGAUAUUGUGGAGACCGUCGUUGAAAAGAAUGACGGGAUGUUCCUUCUGGCAAAAUUCAAUAUGGAUACGCUUGCGUCCAAGCUUCGGCCUGGGGAGGUGGUUGAAGCACUGAAUUCCCUUCCAAAAGAGUUGAAUGGUACAUACAGUGAUGCAAUGCUUCGGAUCAAAGACUUGCCUGAAAGCCAAAAAGAAGUGGCGAUGGACUUUCUUCGAUGGGUCGUUUUUGCUGAACGCCCUUUGGAAUGUCGUGAGAUCGAGCAUGCAAUUGCUAUCUCGGACGGAGAUCGUGACAUUGACCCUGAUAACAUCAUUCGAGUGCAAAUCCUAGCCUCAAUGUGUGCCGGGUUAGUGAAAUUCGACGAAUCCGACCGCGUCAGACUGGUCCACUACUCAGCCAAGAAUUACUUUUCCGAAACCGAACAUCAAGACCGCUGGUUUCCUGAGGGUGCUAUCAAACUGACUUCGAACUGCUUGACCUAUCUCAUGUUUGACCCAUUCCAGCAGGGAGCCUGCUCUGGCCCUUCUGAAGCAACCGAUUUUGACGCGAGGGUUCAGGCAUACCCAUUCCUUCAAUACGCUGCAGAGCAUUGGGGCAAGCAUCUUCUCACAACUCCUCGCGAUGAUCUAUUUGAUCUUGCACGAGCGCUUAUUCUUGAUCCUCAACGUUUCGCAGCUAUAUCGCAGGCUUUGUGGUAUUUCGAUGAUGAGGAUUCUGCUAGCUGGGCCGGCAAGGAUGGCAGUACUCCUCUGCACCUCGCUACCCACUUCGGCUUGAACAAGUUGGUGCUCGAGCUCCUUGCUGGUGGCAUCGAUCCUAACGUUCGAGAUUUGAAUGGUGUUACACCUCUGGCUUUGGCCGCUAUACGUGGUCUUCAUGAUGUAGCCUCAACUUUGAUCGCUGCUGGUGCAGAUGUGAACUCCAUGGACAAUCUUGGAAGCACUCCACUGUAUGGCGCUGCCCAAAAUGAUCAUCAAUCAACAGUGAAGGUCCUCUUGGAACAGGAUAAUACUGACGUGAACCUUCUCGUUGGAGAAUUUACGCCGCUGAUGACUGCUGCAUACCAAGGAUACCUUGACGUGGUAAAGUCUAUAUUACGCAAGCCUGGGCUCGACAUCAACAAGGGCUCUAGGUCUCGCGGAACAACUGCGUUAAUGCACGCAGCUCUUGGUAACGAGAAGGAAGUUGUCGAAGUCCUUUUGGCCCACCCUAACAUCAACAUCAACAUCCAAGAUACAGCAGGCUCGACUGCUCUACUCAUGGCCGCUGAAGAUGGUCAUCGCCGAGUGGUAGAAACCCUUCUUGACCAUGGUGCGGAUACCGAAGUCCAGCAAGAGGGAUCUUUUGGAACUGCUCUCAAUCGAGCAAUUGAUUACAAUCAGAUACCCGUUGUUGAACUACUGCUUGAUCGAGGUGCGAAUGUUCACCAUAAAGACGUGUUCCAACGGGGAAUGCUUCAUUCUGCCGCCAUCAACGCUCAAAGCGAGAUUAUCGAUAUCCUGCUGAAGUUUGAUCCAACGUUGGAUGUCAAUAUGCAGGAUGUCAAUGGAAAGACAACACUUCACGACGCGGCCAGGUCGGGAUCUACAGCGACAGUAAGAAUCCUUCUUACCCAUGGUGCCGAUCCAACCAUUAAAGACAACUAUGGCCGCACACCCAUGUAUGUCGCUCGCGAGACAAACAAAAAUGCUAUUCUUGAAAUCCUUCGAGAAGCAAGACUUGCAGAGAAAAAGCGGGCAAUGAGUGACACUGAGCUCCCUCAGCCUCCUCAACGAACCGCAACGGGCACUAUCAUUCAAUCGCCCGUUCGGACAGACACAGAGUUUUCCGUUAACGAACCUUUGCCAAUAUGGGCAUUAUCAAGUGCCGAGUCACUUGAAGAGCUCCGUGAACGACUUCCAACUGCCACCGCAGCUGAGAUCAGUGCACAAGAUCCAGAUGUCGGUGACUCGGCUCUCCAUUAUAGUGCUACUCGCAACAACUCCGAAAUAGCUCGCUUGCUAAUCGAGCACGGCGCACCUUUGAACCUACCCAACAACUACGGCCGUACCCCUAUACAUUUGACAGCGCUUUAUAACAGCGCGGAAGUUGCGGAUAUUCUCCUGGCUGCAGGUGCUGAUGUCAACAUAAAGGAUGAUUGGGGCGAAUCUCCCUUGUCGACAGCCACAGGCUAUGAGGAGAGCAUCAGUGCUGCAUUUAUUGAGCAUGGUGCUGUCCUGCCCCAAGAACGUCGCGAGUUGAACACCAUGCUCGAUCUAGCCGUCAUUUAUGGGAAGGAAAAUGCUGUUCGGAGACUGGUUGCAGCAGGUGCGGAAGUUUGGAGAAAGAAUGCACUGGGGCAUACACCAUUUGCCUUGGCACGGGUUUAUAACCACCAAGACAUUGCCAACCUGCUUUUGGAACUCGGGAAACUUUCUGAUAUGCCUUCGUCGCAAGAAUCCAUUACCGUAGCUGAAGAAGGAACCUCGCCGUCAGACCCAGCUGAGAAGACACCUGCUGUCGAGUCAUCUCCGACAGAAUCUCAAGAGACGAUGGAAACUUUGACUGCCUCUCCAGACUCUGUGUCGUUGUCUGGCAACCCUCCUACGAGCCCCGACUCAGAAAAGAAGGGCUUCGACUCAACGGAUUCCCCUGUGAAUGAAGAUAUCCAUGAAGUGACAAGCGUCACAGCCAAGCCAACGGUGAUGGCGAAGAGCAGCAUGGCAGGCCAGUGGUCAAAUGUCAUCUCCCCCCACAAUUGGGUCCUUUGGAUCCUGAUAGCAGUAUUGAGUAUAGGUGCUGCUGCAUUGUCUAUAUCCUGA